AUUGACUGUUUCCAAUUCAUUUGGAUUCUCAUUUUCUCCAUGUAUGGGGACAUUGCAUACGCCAUUUUCUCCAUAUAUUUAUCACAACUUUUUGUCUAUGAUUGAUUGUUUCUUUCUGGAUACCUAACAUGACACUAUAAAUAAAACUCCUUUAUUUUCUGUAAGAAGGGUCUGAAAAGAAAAGCAAUCGCCAAACAAUGAAGAAAGCCGAGCUUGUGUUCAUCCCUGUAUCAGCCCCAGGCCACCUCAUUCCCCUAUUCGAGUUCGCAAAGCGAUUGUUAGAUCGCGAUGAUCGUUUCUCAGUGACUGUUAUUGUCAUGCAUGCUACUGCUGUCACCUCUCUUGCAGCUGCAUAUGCCAAAACGUUUGCAGAAUCUAAUACUCCAAUCAAGAUCAUCAAUCUUCCUCCUCCUGUAGACUUCUCUCCUUCACAGCCGGUUCAUAAAUCCUUAGAAAAUUUCGCAACAGAGUAUGUGGAUAAUCAUAAAGCUUGCGUUAAAGAAGCUAUUGUUAAACAUGUAGUUUCAAACGCAAACUCAGGUCAACUUGCUGGGUUGGUAGUUGAUAUGUUUUGUACAUCAAUGAUCGAUGUGGGAAAUGAACUUGGUGUUCCUUCUUAUUUGUUCUUCACUUGUAGUGCAGCUUUUCUUGGUCUCUUGAUGUACCUUCCAAUUCGACAUGCUCAGACUGGUAGAGAAUUUGAAAAGUUUGAUGGUGAGUUGGUGUUCCCUAGUUAUGUUAAUCCAGUAUCGAGCAAUGGUCUUCCAGAAGUUUUGUUGAACAAGUAUGGUGGCUACACUUCACUUAUGAACCAUGGAAGAAGAUUCAAGGAGACCGAAGGGAUAAUUGUGAACACGUUUGAGGAGCUGGAAUCUAACACGACGAAGCGUUUGUUGAACUAUUUUGAUCAUGUGCCUCCUGUUUACACAGUUGGACCGCUGAUUGAUCUCAAGGGCGAGACACAAAGAGAUGAUGAGAUCAUAAAAUGGCUUGAUAAUCAACCAGAUUCAUCAGUUUUGCUUCUGUGCUUUGGAAGCAUGGGAAGUUUUGGUGAAGAACAAGCGAAAGAAAUAGCACAUGGACUGGAGACAAGUGGAGUGAGGUUCUUGUGGUCUUUACGGAAGCCAGCACCAAAAGGAAAAUUUGGAAGGCCUGGUGACUACAAAGAUGAACUCCAGCAGCUGUUGCCUAAUGGGUUCUUGGAGAGGACAAAGGACAUUGGUUUGGUGUGUGGAUGGGCACCACAAAAAGAAGCGUUGGCUCAUAAAUCAGUGGGGGGAUUUGUGUCACAUUGUGGGUGGAAUUCAGUGUUGGAGAGCUUGUGGUUUGGGGUUCCAAUUGUGACAUGGUCUAUGUAUGCUGAGCAACAGCUUAAUGCAUUCCAAAUGGUGAAAGAUUUAGGACUGGCUGUGGAGUUGAGAGUGGAUUAUAGAAGCAUUGAUGGAGAAGUUGUAUUAAGAGAUGAGAUAGCAUCAGCCAUAAGAACUGUGAUGGAGAUUGAUAACGAGGUAAGGAAGAAGGUGAAAGAGAAAAGUGAAAAGAGUAGAAUUACAGUGAAGGUAGGUGGAUCUUCGUUUGCUGCAUAUCAAAGCUUGAUUGAUGAUAUAUUAACAAACAAAGAACAGUGUGAUCAUCUUUGAUUCUUAUUUGUAAUAAUUCAAGUUACUUUACUUCUAUGCUGUAAUUUUAAUUAUCUUAUAUGAUAUAAUGUUUAAUUU